GGCGGGGCCCGGCGGGGCGGAGCGGCCGCGCUGCUGCCGCGGUGCCGCCGAGCCAUGGAGGGCUUCGUGGAGUUCACCAACCGCUGCCAGGGCCGCGACCAGCUCUUCCGAGCCACUCAGUACACAUGCAUGUUGCUUAGCUAUCUAAUAGAGAAUAAAGCCGAUAAAAAGAAGCUGGUAAUGAAACUCAAGCAGUUGGAAUCUAGCAUGAGCUCUGGCCGGAAAAUGUUCAGACUGGGCAACAUGGUGCACGCCUUGGUGGCAGCCAGGAGGGCUGCAGAGCUGCCAGAGGUGGUUCCUCGCCUGUGCCUCACGGCCUCCCACCUCAGCCGGGCCCUGUACUUGGUGUGCGACGCCGUGCUGUGGCUCAGGAGCGUGGGGCUGCGGCCGCACCUCGACAAACCCAAGUGGCACACCUGGGCCACCAAGUGCUACUACUGCUCCCUCCUGAUGAACCUGGCCAGGGACUGGUAUGAGAUCUCCUGGAGGCUGGAGCAAGCUGCACUGGAAGAAAAGACAAAGGAGAAUUCCGUCUGGCAGAAACACAGCGAGGAGCUAAACGGUGUGAAAAGCGAUGGUUUGCACAGUUUCCUCUGCCAGCUCUUUCAGAUACUGAAAAGGAAUCCUCCUUUGUUGCUGGACUUGGUGAAGAACCUCUGUGAUCUCUCAGGCCCUCUGGAUACACUGGGAAUCUACAAGACCAACCCAGGAGUGAUUGGUUUCUGUGGCAUCCUCUCCUCCCUGGUGGGGAUCCUCACAUUAGCAAGCCCACAUCUGAAGCUGAAACAGUGACAUAAAAGAAGCUGCAUAGUAUAAGGCUGCAACUUUGAUCCUCUGACAGAUUUUUAUCUUCAUAUAGCACUUUCGAAUGAACAUGUCUUAAAAUAAUCUCAAGAUUAAUUUUGUCCUCUGAAGAAGUGAAUUCUGCCCCUUUUCCUUCCCUGUGCCUUUGCAGAUGAGUUUAGUGCCAUGACACACUCCCUGAUAGGGUGGAGAGAGGAAAAGGCUGAGUAAUAUUUCACAAACAUAAAGAGGACUUGGCUAGUAGAUAAGAAAAUAUUCCUGUAUUUAAUACAGGGUUGUGAAAUAGCUGCAUAGGCAACUGUAAUAGGUAUAUGAGUCAAGACUACACUAAUCAUGUUUACACUGGAAAGUUUCAAUUCACUAAUCCAAGGUCCCUGCAGUCAGAUUGUCUAGAGUGGGCUAAGGCAGGUUAGGAGCUGCAGUUAGAACAGCCUGAAGUCAGGAAUGAGUGUUCUGAUGGCUUUAGGUUGAUGGAUCCUGUGUCCUGCAGGCACUGAACUCACUGUGGUGGUACCUGGAAAUGGUCUCCGGGGUGUGUGCACUGGUGGUGCUGGAGCUGCAGUCUAGUGAGUGCCAACUCCUGUCCCAAGAAAUCUGCACUUUCUUUGUUUCCUUUGAUACUGUGAGCCAAGGACUGUUGGCCAGUGACUCUGACUGCUCCAGCAGGCCACAGCUGAGGGCUUUGGUGCAGGGCAGCAUAUUAACUCCCAAAUCCCUGUAAUUGCAAACACAACUAUUUUCCAUUACUAAUAUUGUGAUAAGGAGCUUGUUUUUCUCUUUAAAUUGUACAUGACAAAUUCCAGUAUAAUAAGGAGUCUGGAACAUGCAGUUAAGGAGAGAAGCAUGGCUCAGAGCUCGUUGAGUCAGAAAAACUGCAAGGACAUGUUUCUAGUUGUGUAAGCUCCAGGAGGGGAGAGAAUGGAGUUUGUCAUGAUAACAUCAGAAUCCCAUCAGAAUCCCAUUGUCAUGAUAACAUCAGAAUCCAUUUCACUGGAUUUGGGCAUUCAUGGUUUAGAUUUCCUAUCUGGUGCUCCCUAUCCUCCCUGCUCAUGACCACAUGAUUGCUCGUGUGUUCCUUUGCUGGCUGAAUGGGUUCAGUUGUUUGGAAAUGCCUCAUUUUGUUGCCCUGCAACUGUGUUAUUGUUCAUCACUGACCUCACUGGCAGUGAUGGCUGGCAGUGUAACUGGGUUAAAAGAGAAAUGCUGUGUCCAGCUGUCUAGCAUGGCAUGCAGUUUCUGCUGCUCCUGACUUCGCAGAGUACCAGUUUGACACCAUCUGAGACAAAAUUGUACAUUAUACAGGAGAUAAAUUUUACAUUUUUCUUCAUCAGAGUUAGGCCUGUGUGUUCUGCUGCUUCCUGUAAGAAGUCUUUGUUUAAUCUGUCAAGGAGAUGUGAACAGACUACUCUAACCUGAACCAAUGUGAUCUCCUAUUAUUUCUGAUGCUAUCUAAAACCAGAACAUUAAAAGGCCUCCUCUACUAAAAGGCAAAGGAUGUGGAAUUAAGUAGGCAGGUGAGGCAGUGCUCCAAUUUACCUGAAGUUGUGGUUGGGCUUGCAAUUACUUCCAAGUUUGAAUAUUAAGUGAUAGCCUGCCAAUUAAGUGUUUGAAAAGAAAAAGGUUGCUGGGCAGGAUAAUUAAGUGUGUUUGAGGACCAGAUGUGGCCUUCAGCAGCUCUUCUUUUUAAUAUAGAAAUGAGUAGCACUAAAAGUAGAAGCAUACUGGCAGUUCAGGCCAAAAUGGAGCAUUAUGUUCAGGAUAUGUAUUAUAGGCUAUAUUCUAGGCUUCCUCUCCUUUAUAAUAUUGUUUCUCUCUCCAUUUGUCUUUCAUCUCCUGGCAAUGUGGAAGCCAUGCCUGCCUUAGUCAGAGCUGAUCAUUAUCCCAGUAUGCAGCAACUCCUGGAAGAAAGGAAAAGGAGUCUUCAUCAUCUGACAGUGGAGGUUUGACCAGCUUUUGUCUUCAGAAUUCCAUCUUAUUGCUAAAAAUGUGUUUUCAGUCCCACUCAGGGGAGCUCUUAGGUGCAAAAUACUUCAUAAAAUAUUUUCACUGGUUUGCCAACUGCUUUCUCUUUCUUACACUUUUCAGGGAAAGCCAUUGAUACAGCCCAAUCCCCACCUCCCUGUGCCCUGCAGGCAAACGCUGUACAAAGCCUUGAGCCAGGCAUGGAUGUUUCUCCCAUAGGGUCUGGUGUGGAUUACCUUGUACAGCCUUUUUGAGGGAAAAGGGGUGUGAGCUUUCAGCCUGUCUCAGCCCUACCUGCCAUAGGCUGGAACACACAGGAGUACCUCUGCUGGAUGUUAAGCACUAAUAUUUGCCUUCUGCUCCCCAGCUGGAGGCUGGUGAUUUAAGGUACCUUAACGUAAUGUGACUGAAGCCAUAGGAUUGUGAUCAUAGGGAGAAAAUCCUUUUAGUGCCUUUUUUUGUACUCUUUUUAAUACAGCAGUUGGAGUAAGAACAAGAUGUUUGAUUAUAAGCAAUAAACUGUGAUAAGUGUGA